AUGUCAAUUUCUCCAAGUUAUAAACCACUCGUCCUUCCUAAACCCAUUCCGCCCAUUAAUGUAACAGGCAAACCUCAACUUCGAAUCGUCACUUCGUUCCCUACGCCCGUCAAACCCGUCAUUGUCCGUUCUGUACCAAUUUUAAUAAAGAGUGCUCCUCUUUUCCUUCCCCCUCCUUCCCCAACCCACUUCCUGUCACAAGACGAGGAAGAGAAAGAGAAAGAGGAGAAACCUCAAGGAUUAGUUGUGAAAGUUGAUCCGCCUGGACAAAAAGGACAUAAAAGAAGAUUAUCAGACAAGUUCAAAUCUAUCUUUCAUCUUAAACCUGGCAUUAAUGACAAACCCUUAUCGAAACGAUCACUUUCUAUUUCUUAUCCCAAAGAAAUUGUAGUUCAUCCUCAAGAACAUGAUCUUAGUCGUUCUCCUCAAGUCUCAAAUGAAGUUGCUGAGAUGAAGAUUGAUGAGAAUGUAGCAAGACGUGAAUAUGUCUACGUUCCUCAGCGACCUCAUCGAUCACCAGACACAGCUAGUUAUAUGGUCACUCGACAUAAUUUCCAUCUUCCCUCUGACGUCCCAUAUUCACCUUCGACUCUGAAUUCUUCCACUGUUUACACUUCCAUCCAUGGCGAAGAGAGAGAAGAUGGAAAAGUUGAAGAACCUUCCGAUUUGUACAUGUUCAUACACGGUGAAGAAAGAGAUGGAGGAACAGUUGAAGGGUCUUCUACAGUCUGCCAUUUGACCCUCAAGGAGGAUAGACACGGUGUUAAGGCUGAUAGACGGAAUGAAGAUGGUUGGUGUGGAGGGGAAAGAUUGGAUGUCCCAAAUAUGGCCAUUAGUCAUUUUUCCGAUCCAUCCACUUUAUCCUCCCCGUCAUCAGUCGGAUCACCAGCGAUGAGACGAAGGUCGAUCAGUAUACAAAUGAGGGAUAUGAAGAGGUUGGUGAAGAAGAGAAUGUCAUUACCUGAGUCAAUAAUCAGAGCUUGA